ACCCGUUCCGCCAAUCAGAACAGUCGAAAGGCAGAACAGCGAAAUUUCGAAAGCCAGUUUGGUGACGUUAGUAGUGUCAAGAUCUUAUUUUUAACAUUAAAAAGAAUGCACGCGUUGGCAGAAGAAGAUAUUAAAAUGUACUUUUAUCAGAACAGAUUGAAAACCUUCGAAGGGUGGCCUUUUAACGAAGACUGUGCGUGCACCCCGGAGAACAUGGCCAAAGCUGGUUUCAUCCACACUCCAUCAGAGAACAGUCCAGAUACCGCUAUGUGUUUCUUCUGCCUCAAGGAGCUGGAGGGCUGGGAGCCGGACGAUGAUCCAGAAAAGGAGCACAAGUCUCACUCCCUGUCCUGCCACUUCAUCAACCUGAACAAGAAAGUGGAGGAGCUGACCGUCGAGGAAUUUUUGAAAUUACAAAAGGAGGGGCACAAGUUCACCAUUACCAAAUCCUGUAACGAGGCUAUCCGCAAAUUUGAAGAUGCUGCAAAACUGAGAAGAACAGAGAUCAUCAAAACGGGCAUGGAUGAAGAGUGACACGUGUGAAUGAAAGUAAUUGUAGUGUGGAGCAGACUUUUUCUUCAUUUUUUAAAAUUUGCAUGUAUUUGUAUAUUGUCUUUGUCACAUCAUGUUCUGUCUUUGUUCAUUAAACUUAUUCUUUAUUUAACCGUGAGUCUUGUUUUGGAGAAUACUUUGUGAUGUCAACAAUGCCAGGAGUGGAAACAUUUUUAAAAACGGAUGCACAAAUAUAGACCACAUUACAAAAGGCCAUACUUUAAAGCAGCAGUGUGUAGGAUUUAGUGCCAACUCGUGGUGAGGUUGUAGAUUGCAUUAUACAGCCACUGGUCAUGAUUUUGCUUCCAUUCAUGUUUUUGCUUCCUUGCAUUGUAACAAUGUGUUAUCAUGUGUUCUACAAAAAUGAGGGUUCUCAAGCUU